AUGGCAGGAAAGUGCGUCCACAAGGCGUGUGGCAAGACCUUCACCGAUCCCGAAGAAGAAUGCGUAUACCAUCCAGGUCCUCCAGUGUUCCACGAGGGGCAGAAAGGCUGGAAAUGCUGCAAGCCCCGCGUUCUGACCUUUGAGGAAUUUCUCAAUAUCCCACCAUGCACAGUCGGCAAGCACUCCACCGUAGACGAUACACCUGCGCCUGAGCCCACCAAGACUGAAGAAGCUCCCCCUCCCCCGGUCGAGAAGAAAAACGAGCGCCCGCCCAUAACCGCCUCCCCCGCCAUUACCACCUCCGAGCCUCCCGCAAAGCCUGUCAUCGAGGAGCCUGAGUCGGAUGAUCCUGAUUUGGAGAUCCCGCCUAACGCGACCUGCCGUCGGAGGGGUUGCGGUGCGACUUACACCGGGUCAACUGCUCGCGAUGAAGAGAAGUGCGUCCACCACCCCGGUCAGCCAAUCUUCCAUGAAGGCAGCAAGGGGUGGUCAUGCUGCAAGCGCCGUGUGCUUGAGUUCGACGAGUUCCUGAGAAUCCCCGGGUGCACAGAGAAGACGAGACACAUGUUCGUGGGCAAGGCCAAGCCCGCAGGUGAAGAGAAGGUGGACACAGUCAAAAAUGAUUUCUACCAGACUCCCACCGUGGUCAACGUCUCCCUCUACUUCAAGAAGAUCGACCAGAAACGCGCCACUGUCAAGUUCACUGCCGACACGAUUGUCUUUGACCUUCCUACGACAGAUAACAAGCGGUACCAGGAUACAUACUCUCUCUUUGCGAAGAUCGAUCCCGAGCAGUCGACUUUCAAAGUGAAAGGCACCAAGCUCGACCUGCAGCUGGUCAAGGCCGACGGUACCAGCUGGCCAGUCCUGCGCAGCGAUGACAAGUGGACUGGGCAGCGUAUCCAGAUUGGAAAUGCUGGACACGCAUGA